AUGCCCGAAAGGUGUGGAACCAUAGAGUUCACCUGGACAGAUAAACAUUUCACGCCCGAAGAGCUGCUACCAUUGAGACCGCAGACCGAUGGCCUUGCCGUCGAUGCUGUGAGCCGUCUGCAGGCUUUCUCCGCAAAGAGCAAGCAAAGCAAUACGGGGCAAUGCUUUAGUCGAUUCGACAUGUACAGUGUUUCGAAGGAACACCGUGAAGAAGACAGCGGAACGGAAGUCCUCGUCAGAACCGGGGGCUUUUCUCUUCGAGUCAUGCCCGGACGAUUCCUCGAGACCUUCCUGUGGUUGUUGCAAGUGACAAUGGAUCUUAAAUCUAUUAAACCAGGUGGAGAGGGACACACUUCGACCGUGCGGCCUCGUCCACAGGAGCCGGAGGAUUUCCUCGCGCUGUUUCGAUACAUCGCCUAUGUCAUGGCGACUCCAGAUAGCUUCUUUGAUGGCACUGAACAGUCAAAGGUCACUAUGGAAAGUAUCAUGAUGUGCGAGCCUGAGCCAACAGAGUCCUCCAAGUCCAUUGGGGCGAACUUCGUCGCUGCUGUCCAGGAUUAUCCAGGCAUUAAUGUGUCCAAGCCAAUGAUCGAGGUUGAUUGUCGUGUAUUGAGCGGCGACGAGUUGGGGGAUAAGAUGGGAUUUUCCCAGCCUGCGGUUGUCCCCAACCUUUGA